AUGCAAGUCGGUCAAGAGCAAGCGGAGAAAAUUCUCUUCAUUUUUUCAAUCGCUCUAAUCAUGUACGCACAAAGUUCCGCGGACACCAGCAGUUGCGGUGAAAAAUUUUCAACAAGAAUGGAUCAAGAUGUCUUUAGUAAACACAGAUUGAGGUCACGUGUUAUCGAGAGCCAGCCAAUCAGCAGACCGCUUGAAUGUUACGUCAAGUGUAUGAAGAACUGUCGAUGUCUUUCUUACAAUGUUUGUAAUCGCGGCAAAUUGUGUGAACUGAAUUCAGAGAAAAAAGACAACAAUAUUUCUCUCUUUGAAGCCAGUGAUGAAUGUGAUUAUCAUCAAUACGAACUUAGCAAAUAG